AUGACUCAGCAUUCACUUCCUGCUGUCUGUCGCCUGUCAUUAAUACAGGAAUGCUUCAAUUCUCCAUAUGGAACCUGCUUCUUCUCUGAGUAUGCUGAGAGGAUCCCAGGAGAGUCCACUCAGGUGCUGUCAGAGGCAGCCAAGGAGAAUAAGGUGUAUCUAGUGGGAGGAUCCAUCCCUGAAGAGGACGGUGGGAAGUUGUACAACAGCUGUACAGUGUUUGGGCCUGAUGGAGAGCUGAUUCUUAAACAUAGGAAGAUUCACCUCUUUGACAUUGACGUUCCGGGGAAAAUCCGCUUCCAGGAGUCCGAGACUCUGAGCCCAGGCAACAGUUUGUCAAUGUUCCAAACACCGUUCUGUAAAGUGGGUGUGGGGAUUUGCUACAACAUGAGGUUUGCUGAGCUGGCGCAGUUCUACAGCAGGGAAGGCUGUCAGCUGCUGGUCUACCCUGGAGCCUUCAACAUGACCACAGUCCCAGGAUCAUGGUCUCAUUGUCUCCUUCGCAGGGCGAUUGAUAACCAAGUGCACGUGGCCACGGCGUCUCCUGCCAGAGAUGAAACCUCCUCAUACGUGGCCUGGGGUCACAGCACUGUUGUAAACCCAUGGGGAGAAGUUAUCUCCAAGGCUGGACCAGAGGAGGCUGUCAUUUAUGCUGACAUCGACCUGCAGUAUUUAGCCGACAUCCGGCAGCGGAUCCCGAUCACGGCGCAGCGCCGGGACGACAUCUACGCAGUGACGUCUGUGCAGGGAGGAUCCAGCUGAACGCCGUGACGUUUAAGAAAGAAGGUGCCAAGGUACCGACACAAACUAUGCAACAGAUCUCUGCCACCAACACCACGUCUUCUUCUCCCUCUGAAGCACCAGGCCUCUUUGUCUGAAUUGAGGAAAGAAGAGAUGCAGUUGGCAU